UCCAGCACAGCCGGAGUGGCCGUAGCGCGGAGACGACUCAUUUUUGGUCCUCGCUGUGAUCCGUAGCACGCAGCUCCACAACGUGUGACCAGAGAAGUGAAGACUUUUGGUGUGAACGGUUCAAAGUGGUGCUAACGGAGACUCCACGUAUCAACAAUCAUGGCAGAAAACCAAGAAGAGAUGUCUCCAAUUGAGAUGAAAGUGGCACGACAAAUAGAGUACUACUUUGGGGAUCACAAUCUUCCAAGAGACAAGUUUCUCAAAGAACAGCUGCAGCUUGAUGAUGGCUGGGUGACUUUGGAGACGAUGCUCAAAUUCAACAGACUGAAGUCUUUAACUACAGAACCCAGUGUCAUCGUCAAAGCUCUCCAGAAAUCAAAGACUGGCCUCUUGGAAAUGAGCGAAGACAAGACUAAAAUCAGGAGGUCUGCAGACAAACCCUUACCUGAAAUGAAUGAUGACUACAAAGACGCACUUAAACACAAAUCUGUGUACAUGAAAGGUUUUCCUCUCGACACUUCCCUUGAUGCGAUUCAGGAUUGGCUGAGUGGAAAAGGCAACAUAGAAAACAUUCAGAUGAGAAGAAACCUGCAAAGGCAGUUCAAGGGAUCGGUGUUUAUCUGUUUUGACACAGAAGAGUCAUCCAAGCAGUUCCUAGAACGCUCAGACAUAAAGUCUUUCAAAGACAAUGAGAUGCUUGUGUUAUCAAGAGAAGACUACCAUGCAAAGAAAGCAGAAGAGAGAAAACAGUUCAAAGCAGAGACAAAAGCAAAAGCUAAACAGGACAAGGAACAACAGCAGAAAAAUGCAGAAGAGAAAGAAAUGGGUCUGCUUUUGGAUGAACAGACUGGUUGCCUGUUGAAGUUCUCAGGAGAGCUUGAAGAUGUUUCCAGAGAGGACUUCCAUGACUUGUUCUCUGGCCAUGGAAAGAUCAAGUGGGUUAAUUUCACAAGAGGAGCCAAAGAGGGCACCCUCCUCUUCAGUGGGAAUGCAAAGGAGGCAUUCGACAAGGCCAAAGAGGCAUGCGAAGGGGAAUUGAAAAUCAAGAACAACACUGUUACAUGGCAGGUGCUUGAGGGAGACGAGGAGAAAGAACACAUGAAGAAGAUCAUCGAAGCCCAACAAGAAUCAUUCAACAGGUCCAAAGGCAGAGGUGGCAGAGGAAGAUCAGGAGGCAGAGGAGGAAGAGGAGGCCGAAGGGGACGAGGAGGCAGAGAUCAUGGCAGAACUCAGUUCAAAGGCAAAAAGACGAAGUUUGAAAGUGAUGAUGAGGAUGAUGAUGCACCUGCAGCCCCAAAGAGAGAACUAGAAGAUGCUGAUGGCCCUGCAGCGAAGGUCGCCAAAACUGAAAACGGAUCUUAGUCACGAGUUAACACCCAGAGUCUUUCUUUUUUGAAAACAUUUAUUAUAAACAGCGAAAAAUGCAGAGGCAACUUAAAUCCAUUCCAGUGAAAGCUUCAGGCUUUGGAGAAUCGUAGGAAGUCCACCUGGAUGUCAACCUAAAGAACAAUUUGCAAAGCUCGGUGUCAGACUUUUAAGUCCCUGUUUAUCGUGCCUCUUACAUUAUUUGUGUACCUUUAUUUCUCCUCUUAUGAUGCUUUUGGUUUUAUCACGUUCAACAUAAAUCUUCUCUGACUGUAAUUUAAUUACAACCGAACAUUUAAGUUUUGUAAGACCAGCGGGACAUCUAGAAUCUGGUGCCAUGUUCUUUUUCCUUGUAGAUUUCUAACAGUGAGUGAUGAGAACACCUGCUUUGCUAUUUUUUUUUAAGUUUGCAUAUGUGAAUAGCAAAUAAAACGAGUUCUGUGUGAA